AUGGACGCCAAUGAUCUAGCCAUCUACUCCGUAGGCAGCACCGUGCCGCGGCUGCGCGAGGACUCUCCACGCCGGCAGAUGGCGUCGUUGCCGGCGCAGCUCCCGAACGUUCUGAUCUACUGCGGCAUCCUCGUCCGGCUCCCUUUCCGCCUGUUCAUCCGCCUCGCGGUUAAGGCAUGGCGCCAUCACAUCCUCGGCGGCGGGACGGUGCGGCGGCUCCGGGAAGAUUCUCCCGGCCCGCAGAUCGUGUCUCCGGCGGUGCAGCUACCAGACGAUCUGAUCUACCUUAGCAUCCUCCCCCGCCUCCCCUUCCGCCAGCUCCUCCGCGCCGCCGCCGUCUGCAAGGCGUGGCGCCAGCUCAUCCUCGGCGACCCCGCCUUCGCCCGCAUGCAGGCGCGGUGCCCCUCGCCGGCCUCCGCUGUUCUCGCUCGCUACCACGGGGGACGCCUCGAGGCCCUCUGCCCCGGCGCCGUUGGCCCGCCAGACGCAUCGCUCUCCUUCCUCCCCGUUGUCGUUGCCAACGCGGAGGCGAAGCUCCGGUUCUGCUCCGUCACGAGAGGCCUCUUGUGCUUAAUGGCCAACGCGAUCGGUGGCCGUGACAGCGCCACCAUCUUCGUCGUCAACCCGGCGACCCGCGCGUUCCGCGCCGUCCCGUACGCCGGAGACGGCCGCUUCAUGCCCUGCCUCGCGUACGAUCCGUCCAUGGUGCACCAUAACGGAUACCACAUCGUCCUCCCCGCCCAGGUAACAUCGGAGUUAUGGAGGUUCUGGAGCUUCUCGUCGGCAGCGUCGAGCGGCGGUGGUUGGCGUUUGUCAGGCGCGGAGGUGCGCCUGACUCCGUCUGACUUCGUCGUAUCGAAGCCGUUGUACUUGGGCGGGCGCGCGCACUGGCUCUGCGAACGGGGCGGCAUGGUGUGGCACGACGCCAUGGCUGAUGCGGCGGGCGCUCUGCCGCGGCCGACGCUGAUCCCCGGAGAACAAGGACCGUGCCUGGAGGGCAGGAAAGUGCUGGUGGCGUGGCACGGGCGAAUCGGGAUAGUGUCUGCGGGCCUCGCCACCGGGCUGGCCGUAUGGGCGCUAUCAUCCUCAUCGUCGCCGGCGCAGUGGGAGAUGGUGCACAGGAGAAGCUGGGACGAGAUCCCCGGCGUGGCUCCCCCAGCGUCGUGCUUCAUGUGGUCAUUGUCGGUGGUGCCGGCUGGCAUGGAGGGCGGCGGGGAGAAGGCGCUGGGCCUGGCGGUGCGGAUGGCACACGGGCAGCACGGCGUCGACGGCGCCGGUGGUGAGGAGGAGGAGGUGGUGUGGCGUCGAGAGUUGCUGCGCUACGACAUAAGCACGGGAGCCACCGCGGUGGUGGCAGAGCUGGUCGGGAGGGACAAACACGACGACUUUGGCGCCGUCUUCUGCUACCACUCCAGCAUGGCGCCGCUGGACUAG